AUGGUAGACAAUAGCAAGCAUUUGCCAUCGUCCGAUGUGUUUACGUAUUGCAAUGCGCGUCUUACUCGCUUUCUGCCAACCUUCCUCGACAUCGCAAUUUCUGAGAUAAAGGCAUACGAUGUUUCUGAAGACGAUGUCGCAUACUAUUCACACGCCAUACAGUAUAACCUACAAGGCGGCAAGCUCAUCCGAGGCACCUUGGUUGUAUCGACAACAAGGUCGAUAUUGGGGGAUGAAAUGACAGAACAUCACUGGCACCAAGCAUUGGUACUAGGUUGGUGCGUAGAACUACUGCAAACCGCAUUUCUUGUGGCCGACGACAUAAUGGACAAGAGUGUAAUGCGACGAUCUAGUGUCUGUUGCAUAAUUCACAAACAGUUCAAGGACAGCACUCACUUGGUGAGUUUGAUGAACAUGUUUACUCAAGUCUCAAUGAUCACUAUACUGGGACAACACAUGGAUACCUACGACGCACUGCAUGCUUCACUUUUCGACACUCCUACGGUAGCAACAUCGCUUUAUUAUCGUAUUUGUAAGAAUAAAACAUCUUACUACACCUUUUUCUUACCAAUCAAGCUCGGCAUGAUUAUCUCUGACAUCGAUCAAGCCAACAUUAACUUCAGCAAACUCGAAUCAGUUUCGUCAUUACUAGGACACUUAUUCCAGGCACAAGAUGAUUACUUGGAUUGCUACAGCGAUCCGUCUUGCAGUGGCAAGGAGGGUACUGACAUACAGACAAGGAAGUGUACUUGGCUCCUCGCAACGGCAAUCCACGUGGGCAGCAAACUGCAACUACAACAAAUCAAAGAAAACAUUGGUAGGGACGAUCCCACCAAAGUCGAUGCCGUAAAACGAAUUUACAACGACCUCAAACUGCCGCGUUUGUUCAAGGUAUACACACAAGAUCUGAAGUGCAACAUACAAAGCCAAAUCAACGAUAUAAAACACAAGGGUAUGUCCAAAAAACAGAGCGUAGAUUUAAUUAAUAGAACUGGCCUCUGUAUUGCAAUGGUCACUGGAAACGAUUAUAAACAGGAAGAAAUAAUGUGUAUUGACAAUCAUUAG